AUGUUGACGCACGAGCGGGUGAUCCCGGCCGCCAAGUACGCGGCGCACUCGAUCCCACCGCAGUACAUUGCGCUGCUCGAGGUCGACGGGAAGCAACCGAAGCGUCUCGAGAAGGUGUUUGACCGGCUUCUCACGCAGCGGUCCCUGGCGUCCCUUGUGCACGCGUAUACCAACUGCUUUUUGGAUGCCGAGACGGAGCACAUUUACCAGAUCUGGAGCGUCGCUUACUACGUGCGAACAGCGCGCAUCGUCUCGAGCUGCGUCCUAGUCUUCCACCUCGUGCUUGCGCUGCUGGACAGCCUCCUCUUUAGUCACUCGAGCUACUUGGUCAAGUACGGCAAGACCGAGAUCUUUCAGUGGUGUUAUAUCGUGCUUCUUGUGCCGUUGCUCGCGACCGCAUCGCCACGUUUUCAGCAUCCCCGGUACGUCGUGUACGUCCGGCACUGGAAGUGGAUAGUAUCGGUGGCCAUGACGCUGCUCGCCGCCGGGCUCAUGGUGCGAGCUGGCUGCAUUUACGACGCCAAGCUCAGCUAUGUCGCGACAGAGUUCUGGGCAGUCCUACCAAGAUCGCUGGGGUCGUCGUCUGCCCUCAACGCCACCCUCGCCUUGGCGCUCAACAGCAACGACGACCUCGUAAUCGCGAGCGACGCGAUCAUUAUCUUUCUUGCGCAGACGGUGGUUGCAGCGACGCACUGCGACCUCGUGCACAUCGGCGUUGUCUACGUUGGCUCUCUACUGGCCAUGCUCACCAAUGUCUUUUAUUGGGACAUCAACGCCCACGGCGAGACAUAUGUGUUGCUCUGUGCCAGCGGUGUCAUCUGCCUCGUCCUUGUUCGCGAGCUUGAUAAAUCGCAUCGAAGGAGCUUUCACCAGUACUACACGUCGGAAAAGACAAACGAAGUGCUGCGCGAGUCCCUCGACCAGAUGCUCGAGCUCGUGGUCUUUGACGAGUACAAGGCUGAAGAAAAAGCUGUGGUUGAGAAGCACCUGAACGCGCAGUCGGUGCUCCAGGAACGACUGCAGCCGUAUCGUAUCCCGUUCGAGCACCUUUCGCUGCAGCGCGUGAUUGGAAAAGGCGGGUUUGGCGAAGUCAUUCUCGCCGACUACUUUGGGACGCACGUCGUGCUCAAGCGAAUGCACCGGCACAAGAUCUCGGACGCUGCCAUCGCCGAGUUUGCCGCGGAAAUUCUUCUCAUGUGCGACCUCCGGCACCCGAACGUGGUCCAGUUUAUCGGCGCCAGCUGGAACACCUAUUCGAACAUUGGUUUCGUGCUCGAGUACGUCGGCCACGGCGAUUUGUACCUUGUCAUCCACGACAAGCGCAUUGCCAAGUCGUGGAGUGACCCGUUCCAUCGGAUAGCAGUCGACGCGGCGCGCGGCAUUUGCUACUUGCACAGCAAAUCGAUUCUGCACCGCGAUCUCAAGAGCACCAACGUGCUCAUUAGCGCCACGUACUCGGCCAAGAUUUGUGAUUUGGGCAUGAGCAAGUCCAUGUCGGAACUCCAAGCAACCGAAAAGCAGGUGGGCACGCCGCUGUGGACGGCCCCCGAGGUGGUGCUCGGAGGGCGUUUUAGCCCCAAGUCGGACGUCUUUGCGUUUGGUAUCAUUCUCUGCGAACUCCUCACGCGACGGACGCCGUAUGAAGAACAGCGAGGCAGUUCACCGUACAACAUCAUGUUGGCAGUCGCCAACGACGGCUUGCGACCGACGCUGCCCACGUGGCUUCCCGGUCCGCUCAGGCACCUCGUCGACUUGUGUCUGGCGGCAACGCCCGAGGAUCGACCCGGGAUGCUGGACGUUCUCUCGGCGCUGCAAGCGGACGGCAUGCACCAGCUCCAGGCCGGCGACCAGUGGGCCAAAGUCAAGCAUCUCGUGCACGAGCAUGCCCACCGUGCGACGAGCUUCUCGGCCGAGCUCGUGGGCAGGGCGAGGGACCAAGCGGCGCUCGAAGCCUACACCAAGGCCACGGCGCUGCACUCGUCCGACGACUCGGAGAGCGACAACACCACGCGCACACCAGGUCCGCACACCGACCUCGCGAGUGCGAUCGAGACGGCGGUCGAGACGUGGGGCUAA